AUGGGCGGUGCUGCUAUCUCCCUCCGGGGGCUUCUUGCCGUGUCCGGCCUCGCCCUCUCGGCGCUCGCCGGCAACAUCCGGACCCGCCAGAGCGAGAACCUGUGCGAGACGGCCAAGUACGAGAACAAGACGCGGGUUUUUGUCAUGACGGAUAUCUCCAACGAGCCAGACGACCAGAUGAGUCUGGUCCGCUUCCUGACCUACGCAAACGAGCUCGACAUCGUCAACAUCGCUGUCGUGACUUCAACCUGGAAGAACGACUCCAUCGACACGCCGUCCACCUACGGUGUCAUCGACGGCUACCGCCAGGUCCUGGGAAACCUCAACAGCCACGUCCCCGAGGCCGGCGUCUACCCUCCAGCAGACGAGGUUGCCGCCAAGGUCGUCACUGGACACUCGGUGUACGGCUUGGCUGCUCUGGACGAGCCGACCCCGAGUAACGCGUCGACGGCGCUGGUUGCAGGCGUGGAUGCCAGUGAGGAGCCGCUCUGGGUGCUCGCCUGGGGCGGAGCCAAUGUACUGGCCGAGGCCCUGAACCAGGUCAGGAACGACAGGAGCGAGGAUGAGGUUGCAGCCUUCGUCCGUAAGCUGCGGGUGUACUCCAUCUCGGACCAGGACGACGCUGGUGCUUGGAUCCGGACCAACUUCCCCACUCUUUUCUACAUCGUGUCUAUCCACGGCUUCAGCGAGUAUGCUAUUGCCACCUGGAACGGAAUCUCAGGCGAGGGCCUUAGGCAUUUCGACAAGGGCGGCCCCGACUCGUCCCUGGUGAGCAACGAGUGGCUCCAGGAGCACAUCCGCAUCGGACCCCUGGGCGCGCACUACCUGAACUGGUCGUACAUCAUGGAGGGCGACACCCCGUCCUUCCUGGGCCUCAUCCCCAACGGCCUCAACGCCCCCGAGCACCCGGAGUGGGGCGGCUGGGGCGGCCGCUACAUCCUGAUGGUGUCGUCAGGCGCGCAGGGCACCUUCAGCGACGCUGCUGACUGGGCUAUCGGUGUUAACAAUGAGACUUACUUUAGCCAGUUCGCUAGCAUCUGGCGCUGGAGGGAGGCCUACCAGUACGACUUUGCUGCCCGCAUGCAGUGGACUGUCAACAACGCCGCCAACUCGACUGCGAAGCCUAACCACCAGCCUGUGGCCGUGGUCAAUGGGUCGUGUGGUAUCCUUGAGAUCCCCUACUCGUUCGGAGAGUCUGUCGUGCUUGAUGCCUCGGAGUCCUGGGAUCCGGAUGGAGAUGAUCUGUCGUUCGACUGGUUCCACUACCGGGAGCCUACGUUCCGCCUCGAGGGUGAUAUCCCGCGCAUCUCACCGAAUGUGACCUUUGAUGCCCUGGAUGCGACAGGUUCCGUGGUGAAUGUGACGCCCAAUAACAAUGAGACCUUCCACAUUGUCCUGACUGUCCGUGACGACCAGCCUAUGAAGCUGUCUUCGUAUAAGCGAGUCAUCCUGAGGCCUCAAUCUUGA